UUUUCAAGUAACAUACGCUAUGAAUUCUGUGGCACCCUCUUCUGAUUCUUGAGAUGAGUAAUUUUGUAAACAGUACUUAUUUCGAAAUUCGUAACGAAAGUAAACAGUAGUUCUGAAGUGCAUUAGAAUUGACGAGCUGUUAUGUAAAUGUGAAAUCAAAAGAUGUCCGUAUACUAUUUCCAUUUGUUCUUAAAAUACUGGUCAGUCUUGUUAUACGAGUAUAAGAGGCAGGAACCUGAUUGUGAUUUCAGAUAGAAAUUGAGUUUUGGUUAUGUUAAUGACGGGGUGCAAAGGGAGGAGUUGAUACCUCUCGCCUCUGAACGCGUUUACUUUGUAGCAUAAAUCUUGAAAAUAUACAGUAGCUCACGAGUUUUCGCACGCUAUUAAAAUUCUAGACAAUUAAGAUACGCAUAUUAAAUUUGAGAACUGAAAACAUACAUCUAUAUAUCUAAAAUUAAGAACGAAUUCGAUAACGUUUGUAAAAGUUUUGAAAUCUUUCGUUGCAAUUACUUGAUCGGAAUUAUAACAUAUCGCGUGCAACGUUACAUCACAGAAGAAGUAUUUUUGCAAAUUGUUUUAAAAUGACUAUUUUGUUGGGACAAGAAACGGGGAUCGAAUGUCUCAAUUACGGAAUAAAUAUAAAUUUCAAAAGGAAGUUCCAAUAGACGUCCCUUUUCCUUGCAAUGUAACAGGCACUUAACCAAAUUUAUGAUUAUUGCUGUUAAAUAUUUCAUGAUAUCACUUGUAAAUAUUAUAUCGUCGUAUUUAUUCUUUAAAAUCAUUAUUCAAUUUAAAUCGCAGAUUUCUUUUAUUUCCAAUAAUUUUUGCAAUUUAUCCUAGGGACAAUCGAUAAAUUUCUGUGGCAGGAAAUUACAGCGAAGAACGCUGUUCUUCAUAAUUUGUAGUGGCUACAAGAAUGUCAAUGUGAUUUCGAGUUCAUUCAUGGUCUUGUCCUAUUAAUAUCAUUUUUGAAGAUAGAUAUAUAACAUUAUAAGCUCCUCACUCCACUGUAGUUUAAGAAUAGUAAAAUUGAUGCUUAUCUUUUGAAGCUCAUAUGUAUUCUAAUGUCUUUACUUUAAUUUGUUUAGCCGGCAGAUCUUCGAAUGUUCCCGAGUCGGUUCACCAUUUAAAACCAGGAGACAUAGAUGUCAUUGCUGCAAUGGGUGAUUCCUUGACAAUCGGCGCUGGAGUUACUUCGAUUUAUACGUUCGAAGUGAACAUUGGAAAUAGAGGCAUAGUCUGCAGUAUCGGUGGUCAAGCAACUUGGCGACAGUACCUGAUUCUCCCUAAUAUUCUUAAAAUUUGUUCACUUCUUACAUCUGCAUUGUUUACGCAUAUGAUUUGUGUUAUCGCCAUUAAUGCGAAUACUGAAAUCUUUCAUAGUCCGAUUUUCCUACAUGCAGGAAUUCGAUCCCAAAUUAGUAGGUUAUUCACUUGGGGACGCUAUAAGUACUGAUCCAGCUGCGCAGUUAAACGACGCCGAAAGUGGAGCUAUGUCUAAAGAUAUGACUUUCAUGGCGACAUAUCUGAUCAAUAAAAGAAAAGAUGACCCGAGGAUAGAUAUCAACAAACAUUGGAAGUUGAUUUCGUUGAUGAUUGAAAGUAAUGAUUUUUGCAUUAAUAAGUGUGCAACAUCUCCAUGGUCUAUGUUAAAUGAUCACAAAAUAAAUUUAAUUCAUACUCUUAGAAUAUUAAGAAACAAUUUACCAGGAACUUUCGUUGCUCUUAUACCACCACUUCACUUAAAGGAAUUGGUUGCUGCACACCAAGGAAGAGAGUCAUUCCUGUGCUAUUUGUCAUCCAUAAUUGAAUGUUCAUGUAUAUUUGCUUUACAAUUUAGGGAUCAAAGACCGGAAUAUUAUAAAAUAAUUGAGAGGAGGUAAACUCACUUAGUUUUCGAAAUAUUCAGAGAAAGCUGGUGAUAUUACUAUAUUGAAUCUUACAUAGAAGGCAACGUAUGCGUCAGCAUGGUGUGGCCACUCAUCUACUGUUGCUAUGUGUGUAUAAAUACAUAGCUGCGACCUGCGAACUAUCUGUGUAACGGGCAAACUGUUUAAUACUUAUUCUACUUAACUACUAUUCUAACUACCUCGAAAACGUAAAAAAAUAUUUUUAACGCACAAGUCAACUUGUCAAAAACUGUAAGUCAUAAACUAGAAAAGUAUUAAUACUGAGCAAUCCAGUCAUCGCACCGUGAGGAGGCUGACUACCAUCAGAUUUUAACGAU